AUGACGAGCUAUAACUUUGAUACUUUAGGCGCUAUACUGCUGCUGUUUCUGCUGGCCUCCUGCCUCAACAACAGCCCCCCUGGUCCCAGCUGCAUCCUGCUGUGGGACAGCAGCCUGGCAGCAGGCAUUCCUAAACAGCAGAUAUUCCUAAACAGUGAGGUCCUCAGUGCACAGGUCAUCCAGUUUGGACUCAUAGUGGGAGUGAUCUUGAGGUACGGGACCCCCUCAAGCAGCGGCCACGACAAGCCCUUCAGCUGCUCGCAGGAGGACAGGCCCUUCACCACCCUGCUGGUCAACGUCAGCGGGAAGUUCUUUGAGUACACCCUCAAAGGGGAGAUCAGCCCCGGGAAGAUCCACAACGUGGAGCAGAAUGACAUGUUGCGAAAGGUAACGUUUGACCCAGAAGUUUUUUUCAACAUACUGUUGCCUCCUAUUAUUUUUCAUGCUGGUUAUAGCCUGAAGAAAAGACACUUUUUCAGGAAUUUGGGAUCCAUUUUGGCUUAUGCCUUUUUAGGAACAGCUGUCUCUUGUUUUAUUAUUGGGAAUCUCAUGUAUGGGGUUGUGAAACUAAUGAAGCUGGUGGGUCAGCUCUCUGAUAAAUUCUAUUAUACAGACUGUCUCCUCUUUGGUGCAAUAAUAUCUGCCACUGAUCCAGUUACCGUGCUAGCAAUAUUUAAUGAGCUGCAUGCUGAUGUUGAUCUCUAUGCCCUUCUGUUUGGGGAAAGUGUGUUGAAUGACGCUGUUGCCAUUGUUUUAUCUUCAUCUAUAGUUGCCUAUCAGCCAACAGGUGAAAAUACCCAUGCUUUUGAUGCAGCAGCAUUUUUCAAAUCUGUUGGUGUUUUCCUGGGAAUAUUCAGUGGUUCUUUCAUGAUGGGAGCAGUGACAGGGGUUGUGACAGCUCUGGUGACAAAGUUUACCAAGUUGCACUGCUUCCCCCUGCUGGAAACGGCGCUCUUCUUCCUGAUGUCGUGGAGCACCUUCUUGCUUGCAGAAGCUUGUGGAUUUACUGGUGUGGUGGCUGUCCUCUUCUGUGGGAUUACCCAGGCACAUUAUACCUACAAUAACUUGUCAGUUGAAUCAAGGAGUCGCACUAAGCAGCUCUUUGAGGUAUUGCACUUCCUGGCUGAGAACUUCAUAUUUUCUUAUAUGGGUUUGGCACUGUUCACUUUCCAAAAACACAUAUUCAGCCCAGUUUUCAUCAUUGGAGCUUUUAUUGCAAUCUUUUUGGGCAGAGCUGCACACAUCUACCCUCUCUCCUUCUUGUUGAAUCUGGGCAGAAGGCAUAAGAUCAGCUGGAACUUUCGGCACAUGAUGAUGUUUUCAGGUCUCCGGGGAGCCAUGGCGUUUGCUCUGGCUAUACGAGAUACUGCUACCUACUCACAUCAAAUGAUGUUCUCAACAACUCUCCUCAUUGUCUUUUUCACCGUGUGGAUUGUUGGUGGAGGCACAACACCCAUGCUGUCAUGGCUGAACAUCAGGGUUGGGGUUGACCCAGAUCAGGAUCCUCCACCUACUAAUGACAGCUUUCAAGUCUUACAAGGAGAUGGCCUGGAUUCUGAAAGAAAGAACAGGACAAAACAGGAAAGUGCUUGGCUCUUCAGGCUAUGGUAUAGCUUUGACCAUAAUUACUUAAAGCCAAUUCUCACUCACAGUGGCCCUCCAUUAACCACAACUCUACCCAGCUGGUGUGGCCUGAUAGCCCGCUGUCUGACAAGUCCCCAGGUUUAUGAUAAUCAAGAACAACUUAGAGAGGAGGAUUCUGAUUUUAUUCUGAAUGAUGGUGAUCUUACUGUGACAUAUGGUGAUACAACAAUAACUGCAAAUGGUUCUUCUGGCCCCCACACAGCUACCACUAGCCUUGAUGGCAGGAGAACAAAAAGCAGUUCAGAGGAAGCACUGGAACGUGAUUUGGGAGCAGCAGAUCAAGAAGUUACAAGCAGGGGUACCCGGCUAGUAUUUCCUCUGGAAGACAAUGCAUGAUUACUGACAGUAAAAAUAACUCUUGCUCUGUGGAUGGAUCAAGGAAGACUGCAGGCCACGGUGUCACUUGAGGUGGGGAUGUUUAUUUAAACAAGUUAACACGCGUAAGGGGUUUUACUGAGGUCUGAAGAUGUCACCUAUUUUUUACUCAAGAUGCUGACGGGGGG